UCAGUUAAAUUCACAGGCAAAAGAUGGCUUCUUGGAAUUUUCAAAAAUUUAAAACCAUGAAAUAUCUUUUACUGUUAUUUUCGUGCUUUUUUAUAAUUAGUUCCCAAGCUAGCAAAGACUAUGAUUACAUUGAGGAAGAAGAUAACAAACCUCAGCCAUCAGUGGAUGCCCGUGGCCAUCGUCCCAUUGAUAGGAAGAGGGAAGAAGCUCCGAGCCUAAGACCUGCACCACCCCCCAUCAGCGGGGGUGGCUAUCGCGCUCGCCCACCCAAAGCUACUGGCAGCCAAAAGAAACAGGAAAGAAAACCACCCAAUGCCGGAGGCUGUCUACAUGCUGACACCGACCUGGGCGUGUUGUGUCCUACUGGAUGUCAGUUGCAAGAUGCUUUGGUAAAUCAGGAAAGAACCGUCAAAAGCAGUAUAAGGGAGUUAAGUAAUAACAUGGACUCACUUUCCGAGACCUCUUCUAGCACCUUCCAGUAUAUGACUCUGCUAAAAGACAUGUGGAAAAAACGGCAGAAGCAAGUGAAAGAUAAUGAAAAUGUAAUAAAUGAGUAUUCCUCAGCACUAGAAAACUACAGGUUAUAUAUAGAUGAGACUGUGAAUAGUAAUAUUCCAACUAAUAUCCAAGUGCUCCGUUCCAUCCUGGAAAACUUGAGAAGCAAAAUACAAAAAUUAGAAUCUGAUGUUUCAAUGCAGAUGGAUUACUGCCGCACCCCAUGUACCGUCAGCUGCAAUAUUCCUGUGGUAACUGGCAAAGAGUGUGAGGAAAUUAUCAGGAAAGGAGGUGAAACAUCUGAAAUGUAUCUCAUCCAGCCUGAAAAAUCUAUCAAACCAUAUAAAGUAUAUUGUGAUAUGGAAACAGAAAAUGGAGGAUGGACAGUUAUUCAGAACCGGCAGGAUGGCAGUGUUGACUUUGGCAGGAAAUGGGAACCAUAUAAACAAGGAUUUGGAAAUAUUGCAACUAAUGCAGAUGAUAAAAAAUACUGUGGCGUGCCAGGUGAGUAUUGGCUUGGAAAUGAUAAAAUCAGUCAGCUAACCCGGAUGGGUCCCACAGAACUUUUGAUUGAAAUGGAAGACUGGAAAGGAGAUAAAGUAAAGGCACUUUAUGGAGGAUUCACUGUACAGAACGAGGGCAACAAAUACCAAAUCUCAGUGAACAAAUACAAAGGCACAGCUGGCAAUGCCCUCAUGGAAGGAGCAUCACAGCUGGUAGGAGAAAACAGAACUAUGACCAUUCACAAUGGCAUGUACUUCAGCACCUACGACAGAGACAACGAUGGCUGGCAUAAUGCAGAUCCCAAAAAACAGUGUUCUAAAGAGGAUGGCGGUGGAUGGUGGUACAACAGAUGUCAUGCAGCUAAUCCAAAUGGCAGAUACUACUGGGGUGGCCAGUAUAGCUGGGACAUGUCAAAGCAUGGCACAGAUGAUGGAGUGGUCUGGAUGAACUGGAGGGGCUCCUGGUAUUCACUGAAGAAGAUGUCUAUGAAGAUCAGACCCUUCUUCCCACAGCAAUAGUGCUCCCAGUAUAUAUUUUAUUCUACUAUAUAUAAACAACAUUUUUGUACAUUCUGUCAUUGGAAUUUUCUUUCAUAUAGUUCCCUAUAAAACUGUUGAAAAGUUGUGAGCAUGACUUUUUUGGAAAGGUAUUUAGGAGAAAUUAAAUUAAAAAUACCUCAA